UGUUCCUGGAAGCACUCAUUGCUGCGACUUCUGUGGCUCACUGUACUCGCGCUCCGGACAACACCACACUAAACACAACAACACUAUCCUAGCAAACAUGUCAGUACCUCAGGGUCUCCAGCAGUCACUUGACGCCACCAAGGUCGAAUAUCGCCGCCUUGGAAGCAGCGGGCUCAAGGUCUCGGUCCCGGUGUUUGGGUGCAUGAGCUUUGGCGAUUCCAGGUCGAUGAACUGGGUAAUUGACGAAGAUGAGGCUCUGCCUCUUCUCAAGUAUGCCUAUGACCGGGGCAUCAACAGCUGGGACACGGCCAACAUGUACUGCAACGGUGCCAGUGAAAUAAUCGUCGGCAAGGCCCUCAAGAAGUACAACAUCCCACGCGAGAAGGUGGUCAUCAUGACAAAGUGCUUCUGGGGUGUUGGCGAGCAGCCCGAGGUCAGCCACUGGAGGUCCCGUGCCGACUUUGAGGCGUCAAAGGACUAUGUCAACCAGCACGGUCUGUCUCGGGCAGCCAUCUUCAACCAGGUCGAGGCGUCCCUGAAGCGACUGGACACGCCUUACAUCGACCUGCUGCAGAUUCACCGCUUCGACUACGACACGCCGAUUGAGGAGACCAUGAAGGCUCUGCAUGACCUCGUCGAGCAGGGCAAGGUCCGUUAUAUCGGUGCCUCGAGCAUGUGGGCCGUCAACUUUGCCCGGAUGCAGUUCGUCGCCGAGAAGAACGGCUGGACAAAGUUCGUCUCGAUGCAGAACUACUACAGCCUGCUUUACCGCGAGGAAGAGCGCGAGAUGAACCGCUUCUGCAACGACACGGGUGUCGGCCUGAUCCCGUGGUCCCCUCUGGGCCGGGGCCACCUCGCGCGUCCUGUGAGCGAAUUUGGCACUACCAAACGCAGCGAGGGCGAGAAGGCCGCCACCGGUGGCAAAAACCUGCCGGAAGUCGACGUCAAGAUCAUCGGCCGCGUGCAGGAGCUGGCCGAGAAGAAGAAGAAGGAAGACGAGACCUGGACCAUGGCGCACGUCGCGCUCGCCUGGAUCAGCAAGCGGGUCGCCUCGCCGAUUGUCGGGUUCUCGAGCACGAAGCGCAUCGACGAGGCCAUCUCUGCGCGGGGCAAGGCCCUGACUGGGGAGGAAGAAAAGUACCUCGAGGAGCUGUACCAGCCCAAGGCUGUUGUCGGGCACUCGUAAGCAGGAUCUUUCAGGAGAUUAGUUCUCAGAAAGUCGUGCGUCAACGUCGGGAGGUUGUGGUUUGCUGCACAGCGAUACACCCGGCUGUGUAUAUAUGCUCUCUGCAAGGUGGCCACAGCAUUUCCAUUUGAACAAAAGAAACACAGAUAGAAAAACUAUGAAUAGAAAGGAGUGAAAUAAACGGACUCAAUAGAAGGUUCCUCUCACA